AUGAAAUAAAUAUCUGAAAGUGCUCAUAUAUUACAAAAGGUUUAUAAUCCAAAAAAAAUGAAUAAGUUAUUUAUGACUACUCAUUAUUAACUUUAAAAUGAGACUGAUUUAAUAUUUGAAAAGUUUAUGGUGAUGCCGCUUUUUGGAUUAUCAGUGGCUAAUGGAAUAUCAUCAAAUUGCAUUAAAGCAAAAUAUUUAUGUAGUGAUUACAAAAAACAAGAAUUAUAUGAUUGCAAUUUAAUAUUGAUUAUGUCAGCAUAUUCAGAUUAAGCUGUUUAUAGAUCUAAGACUAUGUAUUCAAAAAGGGAUGGUUUAGAAUAAAUUUUCAAAUAUCUUGCAAUUCCAAAUUAAACAUAUAACAUUCACAUAAGCUUAUUAAGUUAUUUUGUUCCAUAAAGGUAUUUUUUUUUAAUUAUUGAGAGUAUUUUAUAAACAAGUACUAUAAGCCUUAAAUAUUUUUGAAUUAUUAGAUUAAAAACAUAUUGAAGAAUUGACUAAAUCAUCGUCAAUUAUCAAUUAAUUGGUUGAUGAUGAUAAUCUAGAUUCAAUUUUAUUUAAAAAUUAAGAAUUUAUAGACUAUUAAAAAUGGAGAAAAUUAUUAAAAAAUAAUGCAAUAAUUAAUUUAAAGACUCUUCAUUAACAUAAAUUGUCUUAAUAAAUAUUUUGUUAAUAUUUUUUUAGAUAUCAUUAUUAUUAAGGAUGUGAAGAUGAAAUAAUUAAAUUAAAUAAAUUUCUUGUUGAUGAUUUUGAUAUGUUUAAGGUAAUAUAUUAAUAUAUUAUUUAGUUUCGUUUUAGAUUAGAGCAUAAUGAAAAGAAGAUGAAAUUUUAUUUUUUAAGAAUGUUGUCUUAUUUUAAAUUAAAUGAGAAAUUAGAAAAAUUUUUGAAAUUCUCAUUCAAAUCAUAUUCUCUAGAUUGGAAUAAAGAACUUCUUAGAGAAAUGAAAUGUAGCAUAAAUAAAAAUAAAAAUUAAUGA